CUCGCCUGUUUUCUUCUACUCCCGAAAAGAUCGUUUGUAUCGCAUUUCCUGGCAUGAACGAUCUGGAUAUAACAAGCAACGAGAAGCUUCCAACCUUCGUUACACCGGGACAAACUUAUCGAAUUGCUACGGGAAGCACCGUUGUUUUACCUUGUCGUAUUACGGAUCCAGGAAGUUUCGUAUUAGUAUGGAAGCGUGGAAUAGCUGUUCUGACAGCAGGUCCCGUUAAAGUGACACCAGAUCCCAGAGUUCGUUUACUUCCGUCACCAGCUGGCACAUCAACUUUGCCGGGAAUACCGGGACUCGCCGGGGGCGGAUACAGUUUAGAAUUAAAAGACGUGAGGCCUCAGGACGCCGGAGAUUAUGUUUGUCAAAUUGGUACCAUGGAACCGAGGGAAAUUACACACACGCUCGAAAUUCUGGUUCCGCCGCGUAUUCAUUUCGUCAGUCACAUGGGACCAUUGGAAGUCGUUCAGGGAUCUACGGUGAAGCUGGAAUGUAGAGCGUCGGGAAAUCCCGUUCCAACGGUCGCGUGGACGAGAAAGAACAACGUCCUUCCGAGCGGUGAAAGAUCGGUUAACGGAUUAUCUCUGGUAAUCCAGCAUGCGGAUCGGCAUUCCGCCGGACAGUACCAAUGUUCGGCCGACAACGGCGUUGGACAGCCGGACAGUCGCCAUAUAACUCUUAGUGUUCGAUAUGCUCCGGAAGUGGAAGCCGAGCGCGCCACUGUCCAUACAGGGAUCGGUCUGGAAGCGCACCUGGUGUGCAUUGUUCACGCUGAGCCUCCACCUCAAGUUAUUUGGUAUAAGGAUACCACCCAGCUUGGCACCACCGAACAACACGCGGCCCAAUCGCGAGGUAACCGAUACACUUUGGUCAUCAGGAACGUGACCGAUGUCGACUUCGGCAAUUACAGUUGCGUCGCUGCUAAUAUCCACGGUAAAGCAAGAGGUCACCUACUUUUAACCGGAACGGCCGGCCUGGCCGUCUUCGACUCACCGUCCCUGGGCCACGAGAAAGAGGUUUACAACAUCUCCUGGUCCGUAAACAGCCACGCCGCCGUCACCGAGUACGAGCUCUUCUUCAGGCAGAGAUACCUACACCGAUCCCACCACAUCCACGACAACGGGACGAUCAUGAACAGGAACGACCGGUGGAACAGUGUCGUCAUCACCGCCCAAGGCAUCACCAAUCCCCUGCUGCCAGCACCGCCACCGUUCCCUGGCGUAACCAGGCAGAAGAUGUCGUACAUAAUUAGAGGUCUGCAACCGGCGACCACCUACGAGGCGCGCGUACAGGCCAAAAACGUGCACGGUUGGAAUAAGGUGUCGCCGAUAUUCCACUUUACUACUAGAACGAAUGAAAUAGAAAAUAUGGUAGAACCAUCAGCACAACCGGCAGUUUACGGCGUAAGUCAACAGGGUAUAUCACCAUACAGCAAUCAAGCAUUCCACAACUCGAUCUCCACUAGAAUUUCCCUAUUCACCAUAAUAGUUGUGUUUGUGUCGUUCUAAGUGAGUGAAAAUUAGUUGAAAGCACUGAAUUUCUUUAAAUUAUUUAAAGUGCGACUCUCCGCGAGGAAGCCAUAAGUGUUGACGAUGAUAGUAAUGUAAAUUUUGUGAUACCAAAGUGUUUUAUUUUAAAUGAUCUUGUGAACAGAAAGAGGAAGGUAAGCGACAGCACUCUUCAGACAAUGUUUUAUAACUAUCGGUGUUUCCAUUUAGAACAUCUGUGUUAAAAAUUUGUAAUUAAUGUUACCUUGAUAGAUCACACUCAGACUUCUUUCAUCACGCGUUUGGUUGUUUGAUUGUGAAAAAAAAAUACGGCACUAAUCCAGGGAUAGGAUGCGCCCGAUCCUUUUGGCAGAACGAUUACGUGAAAUACAAAGUAAAAUCAGCUGAAACAUUUUUAUCUCGUUUAUACGCAAAAGAAAGGAAAUUUCAAUUUAUAUCUCUUUUGUUGUUUUCACUAUAAAGAAUUUUGCUCUGUUUAUAUGAACGAAAAUUCUAUUACGCCGAAAUAAUUUGAAAGCCUGAUGUUUCACUUUGUAAGCAUUUUAACAGUUUUUUUCAAUUUACAUCCCCUGUCUUGCGCAAUGUAACAGAUGUAGUGUUUUACUGUAGCCGGACAUCGCCCUUAACUUGAAAUUAGUUGGAACCGAUCAAACUGAACUGAAGGCGUCCUCUCGCUCUUGAGGGAUCCGACGGCGCGUGGUUUUCCGUUCUUCAAUGAGUGUAAUAAUUGUAAAUGUAUUAAAAACAUAAUAAUUAUAUAGAAAUGUUGUUGUAAAUUUACAGAUGUGCAUUUUACAUUCGUUUUCCUAUGAGACACUGCUUAUCUGCUCGGCACAUUAUUUUAUUAGAUCUACGUAAGAUGUAUAUAAAGACUGAACUAUUUUUAUAAGUGCAAUAAGAUUUAUUAUUGUAUUAGACGAAUGAUACUGUAAGAUUCUGUAAAAAAAAAGCUUAUUAGAUUAAUAAACACA